CGAAGCCCGAAAAUACCGGCCCCAAAGACCAAAAGCCCCGAGAAACCAGCAAACCCUACCUCGUCUCCUCUCCUCUUCCCCCUCCUCGCCGGCGAAAUGUCCGACCGCCGCCGUGACAAGGAGAAGCCUCGCGACCGCGACCGUGAAAAGGACCGCGACCUCGACCGCCAUCGCGACCGGGAUCGCGACAGGGAUAGAGAUCGGGACCGGGAUAGGGAUAGGGAUCGCGACCGAGACCGCGACCGCCGCCGCGACCGCGAGCGGAAGCGCUCCCGGUCCCGCUCCCCGUCAGCAGAUCGGGACCGCUCCCACCGCCGCCACUACCACUCGCACUCCCACCGAGGCCGCUCGUCCCCCUCCCCUGACGCCGGCCGCCACAAGCGCCGCCGCGACGCGUCCCCCGCCGCCGCCGACCACCACCACAGGGAGGACAAGAAGUCCACCGAUCCUCCCGCGCCACCCAAGGACGGAGGGGACCCAGCGGCCGCGGUCGCAGCGGUGGGCGACGGGGACGUGGAUGCGGAGGAGCUCGAGAUGAUGAAGAUGAUGGGCAUCCCCGUCGGGUUCGACUCCACCAAGGGGAAGCACGUGCCCGAUGCCGACGUCAGUGGCGUGCGGGUCGUCACCAAGCGCCAGCCGCGCCAGUACAUGAACCGCCGCGGUGGGUUUAACCGGCCCCUGCCGCUGGAGCGGAACCGCUGAGGAUGGGAAAGGGACUUUUCAGACUAUUGCCAAUCCCUAUGAUACCUAAUAAUUCUGUUAUAUAUUAACAUUUCCUGGAUCAUGUGCCAAUGCAAAGAUGUGUCAAUGUCGGGUUGCGGUUACUCUGUUACUUGGCAGUGUUGGAGAUGAACUACUGCUGGACAUGUAUAACCUUGACGGCCAGUUACUUCGCAAAACUAUGUAGACUGAUAUCCUGUUCUCCAUUAUCCUUUCUUUGGUCAUCGUUUGUUCUGUCGGCAUUCCAGGAAACAGAAUUUGGUGGCUCAUUUUGAAACUAUCGGUUUACAACUUUACAUGAUGUUUCUGGCUUUCUCCAUGCAAUUGCACUUGUUUCAGGACAUCAGGCAUGCACCACAUGGAUUGCCAAGCGAAACAACUUAUUCAUUUAGUUGUAUGCUUUGCAAUGAAAUUAUUGGUAAUGGUCGUGAUUGCAGCAGUGUCAUUAUAAUUUUCCAAGAUUUUGCUGAGCUCUUGCUGGAAUCUUUAGUGCCAGUUCCAUCAAUACUACGUAGAACGACUCUGGUAAAAAACGUUAAGUGUAGACUACAUUUGAUCCAGGAUCUAGUACCUUGGCAGAUUUAGCAGUUUAUGGUUGGAUUGUGUGAUAGGACUAGUUGCUUAUAUGGUUUUAGAUUUUUAUUAUAUUGAUUUAUGCUGCAAUGGUUUGUUUCACGUCUAACUUCUGCGAAAUGACCAUAAAUUGUCCAAUGGAAGGUAUGAACUGUGAAUUGCAGGUACAGUGCCUUUUUUUUUAUGUUGUGUUUAGGGAAAUAACAGUUUAUAUGCUGAUGCUGUCAUCUUGAUACUUCACAAUGGCUGCUGUCUUCCGUUGUUCAGCAAACACUUUGCAUCUGUGCUGCUGUCUGUUCGAAACAUAAGGGUUUCACAAGAGA